AUGACGGGCUCAUAUCCUCAGACCAAGACAAUGAAGUCCACCACGCAUCUACGAAUUCCCCCUCGUGGGGAUCAAAUCUUCCACUCCAUGUUUGAAAUGCUUCAAAUCCGACCCAUUACCCCCAGCAAGACAGUCCCCAUCCACCAAAAACCAGACAAAGUGCGCUACAUUCCCCAGUGGCAGCUUCACCGCUGGCUGGUCUUCUACGGCUGCGUGAUAUUCGCAGCCCACCAUCUUUACGCAUGGUGGGUAGGACGCAACCUCACCCCUCUCUCAGCCUUCUUAUACUACAGCGCAGCCCACAGUCUAGUCAGCCUCCACGGGCUGCGCAUUCUCUGCCGUCUAGGCCACACAUUAGGCUACCUCGAGAGCUGGAAACGGCCCCGAGACGACGUACCCGUCAACCAAGUAAACCGAAUCAUGCUCAGCCUGAUAUCAAUGUACUUCGUCCGACCCAUCCUCCCCUUCUACUUCACCUACCACCCCUACCAGCUUCCCCUCCCCAGUAUCUCCUGGUGGAGACUCUUCCCCGCAAUCGGCACCUACAGCCUCGUCCUCGACUUCUGGUUCUAUUGGUACCACCGAGCGAUGCACGAAGUGCGCUUUCUCAGACGAUACCACCGCGCGCAUCACGCCUCGCACCACCCCAGCACCUUGCUCCUCGUGUCCUUCGAUGCCGAGGAAGGUCUCUUCAACAUCGUCGUCAUCCCGCUACUCACCUGGCUGAGUCUCCGCGCGGUGGGUUGGUCUCUGGGCUUCUACGAGUGGUGGGUGUGUAAUGGGUAUGUUGCGUUUAGCGAAUUUGGUGGGCACGGCGGGCUCCGUGUUUAUGCCCCUGCGCCGUCGCCGUUUAAUCCUGUUUUGCAGGGUUUGGGUGCGGAGCUCAUUAUGGAGGAUCAUGAUGUUCAUCAUCGGCUUGGAUGGGGGAGAAGUAGUGGUAAUUAUGGGAAGUUGACACGUGUUUGGGAUUGCGUGUUUGGGACUUGUCUGGAGAGAAUUGAAUGUGUUGAGGGGAAUAUAGACUUUGAUGAUCCUGUUGCGCUUCCUAUUUUCUGAGGUCAAUCUGUAUGGAUUGAAUCCUUUGGUGUGUUAUUUGUAGAUUUAUGGUGGUGUAUCUUGGACGUCCUCCGAC